GCACUCCCGGCAGCAUCCAUAGAAGCAUAUUCCCAGCAAUCUUACUGCCAACAUGAAGUCAAUUACUCAAAUCGUAGGCGUCUGUGUCGUGGUCCUCGUUUUCUGCUGCCUGCAUUUUUCGGAAGCCGCAAAUACCACUUCUAGUGCUUCUGGUUCUAGUAGUGACUACUCUGACUCAAGUGACACCCCCAAGAAUGUGUACGUUUCCGACCUUACCUAUUCGGUUAAAAGGACAAUCCGUGUGGCCACCACGACCGCCAGCAGCACCAGUUCCCGGAGCUCCAAGACCAAGGGCAACAGGAAACUGAAUGCCAAGAAGACGCAGGCCAAGGGGAGAAAGGCCAAACGUGGCCAGGCCAAUCGCUCCAGCAACAGGAAGUCGAACACCCGGCGGUUCAGGCGGUAAACUUGUUAUCCAAUCGUUU